CAUUCCUUCUCUCCAACGAUGCUGCCUGAGUUACUCCAGCUUUUUGUGUCUAUCUAGAGCACAGUUUUAGACUGCUUGGGUAGAGCCAUAUUUGGAGAACUUUUGAUUAAGGCACUUGAGAUUUCCAUGGCUUCCACCUGGGAGAAGAUAAGAGAUUUUUAUGACUGGGCUGUAGAAAAUGGAGACAAGAGGACAGAACCCUGGUUCCUGGUUUAUUCGCCCAUUCCCGUUUUGGUGACCUUCAUUAUUUACCUUCUAUUCUGCAAAUAUGGACCGAAGUACAUGCUGAGCCGAGAACCAUUCAAUCUGAAAUAUAUACUUAUUGUUUACAAUUUUGCCCUUGUCGGGAUUUCAGCUUACAUUUUCUGGGAGUUCCUCGUGACAUCAAUUCAUGCAAACUACAGCUAUCUUUGCGAACCUGUGGAUUACAGCAACAGUGAACAUGGAUUACGGAUGGCAAAUGUCUGCUGGUGGUUUUUCUUCUCCAAAGUAAUUGAACUGAUGGACACUGUAUUUUUCAUUCUGAGGAAAAAGCACAAUCAGGUCACAUUUCUUCAUGUUUACCACCAUGGCACAAUGAUUUUCAAUUGGUGGGCAGGAGUAAAAUAUGUACCAGGGGGGCAGUCUUUCUUCAUUGGUAUGUUGAAUUCCUUUGUGCAUAUUGUGAUGUACCUGUACUAUGGCAUUGCUGCAAUGGGACCACACAUGCGCAAGUACCUGUGGUGGAAGCGUCAUCUCACAAUGAUUCAGCUGCUCCAGUUUUAUGGCAUCGCUAUGCACACUUCUUAUAACCUCUUCACAGACUGUGCAUUCCCAGACGGGUUUAACCUUUUCGUCUUCAUCUACAUCAUCACUAUAAUUAUUUUGUUCACCAACUUUUAUUAUAAAUCAUACAUCCAGAAAAAGACAAAAACAGCAUAAAUCCUGCACAGACUA